AUGGCACCCAUCCAGUUCGGGAUUCUUUUGAUCCCUUUCCAAGUCCUAGACGUCGUUGGACCAGUUGAUAUUCUCUCGUCUUCCUCAAUCACGUACCUGAAGAAAAACCAGGAACAUAUCGGAGAGCCACUAGAAUUCGCCAACCGUGGCCUUGAUAUUCAAUUCCAUUAUAUCGGGGACACCAUGGAUGGGAUCACCGGAACGGCAAAUUGCACAAUUAAGCCAACCACCACCUGUGCGACAUGUCCCAAGCUCGAUUACCUCCUCAUCGGCGAGCCGUACGCCGAUUUAUUCCUCAACGUACCGGACGUCUUUGCAAACUUCAUUCGGGAUCGAGUGGAUGGACUCCAGGGCCUUAUCUGGCAAAGGCUGAAACCGGAAGUGAACUGGUCAUCGCAGCAGUGGGCUGUUGAUGGGAAGUUCUGGACGGCUGGCGGAGCAAUUGCUGGAAUGGAUAUGUUUGAGAACUGGGUCACUGAGAAGUGUGGUCAGGAUGUCCCGGAGACUGGAUACCUUGCGCUGGACUUCGAACCUCGGGAUGUGAACGGGAAGCCGGCUCUAUCGCAAGAAGUCAUCGGAUUGGGCCCUAACGAUGGACGUUGGGCUUUUAGAUAUCACAAUGAGGCCUAG